AUGAUGCACGCCAGUGCAGGUGUGCCAGGAAUGGCAUACUAUUCUUACUCUGCUCAAAAUUCACCUGCUGUGGAUACCGCAAACAAAGAAAAUCCAUUCGAUUCACUUUCAGUUAGUAUACCACCUAGAUUGAAGAAUAUAGGCAGAAAGAUAAGUCAAAUGUCAAACGACUUUUUACCACCAGGAAUAACACCUGAAGAAGAAUCUGCAUUGGCACCAGCUACAGCAGCUAAUUCGUCUUCAAAUGCGUUGGAAAAGAAGAAAUCCAUCGAAGUUCCUGGAAUGGGUGAUGAACCUGUCAUGUGUCCUUUCUGUAAUAAACCUUUACCACCAAGUUUAUUUGCGGCUCAAUUGACAACUCAUUCUCAUCAACACCAACAUCAACACCAGUAUCCAAAUAGACCUGGAAGUGUCAGAAGGUCUUCCUCUAUGAGAGUCUCGUCACCUUCACCUAGAUUAAACCCAACUCCGUCUGCACCACUGUCAAGAGUCCCAUCAGCCAAUACGCCUCCAACUAUACCAACUCCACUUCAGUCAUCGAAAUCGCUCCUUGAUGCCUUGCCAGUGGUUACACCAGAGAUCAAAACUGUAGAGCCUGCUUUACCAAGUGCUACUUCGGAAAGCUUCGCAGAAACGGUAAAAGAAGGUGAUGUUGCCAACCAUGAUGCUGCUGAGAACAUGAUCACUGAAGAUGAAAUCAAACGCUGGUCAUCUUUAUCCGGUAUCUCAAUCCCAAUAUCCUCUUCUUCAAGCACUUCCGCUCCUACUCAAGCUACGGAAAAGAAAGUACCUAAACCGACGCCGAAGCCUAUAGAAGAGAAAAAGGCAUUUCCAUUACUCCCGCCACCACCUCCAGCCGCCAACAAGCUCACCAAGGCUUCUCCUUCCGAGCGUCCCUCGUCAACACAAAAGAAAUUUCACAUCUUCAGCAAGGGAGGAAAGGACGAUGAUGACGAGGAAAGUGAUGAUGAUAACGUGGUUUCUGGAUAUACCAAAUUAACCGCUCCAGGAUCGCCGUCAGACAGUGAAGGGGAAGAGGGAUUGAAGAAGAGAAUCGGCGGGAAGAAAGAGGACGGCAAAAAGGAGGUGGUGGAGGAAAUAAAGCAGAAAGAAUCUAAACCUGGAGAAACCGCGGAGAAAGAGGAAGAGAAGACAGAAACCGGUCAAAUACCUUCACCAGGAUCAGCUUAUACAGAACUCGCAGAAACACAGCAGACUGUCACGACAGAGGCAUCUGCGGAGCCCAAUGAAGUGAAGAAAGUUCUACAAGAGGUACUUGCACGAGUCAAUGAACUGUCCAAAUCACAAACCGCUUUACUGGCUUCCCAUUCAACUCUUUUGACGUCCCUCAAAAUUGCUCGCUCAAACCUCGCAAUGGCGGAAGCCAAUUCUGAAAUGCUAGAAGAACAGCUCAAGCGGACUUCAGCGUCAUCUCGGACAGGGACAUCGCGUAACAUUUCUGGUCCAACGACUACUCCUGGAACCCCUCAACUCACAGCUCCGGCGCCACGCGCGUCUGCAGACCAUGUACGAGCAACCACUACUUCCAAUGCUAUGGCUUCCCCUGCCGCUGUUGCGCGCACACCCGCUCGAGCUUCACUAGAAGAACGAAGUCGACCUGUAUCACUGCAAAUUACAGCAACCGAUCUGGCAAAUGCCGGUUCCAUGUCUGGACCACAAUCUUCCGGUGGUUACGGCUCAUCUACAAAUAGCAAUUCAUGGGGAUUCUGGAAUGGCGGUAAGAAAAAGGUUACCGGCGCAUUAAGUCAUGUACACGUUCCUUCUGCUUCAACUAUGAUCAACGCCAUGAACGUUCCUUCGAGACCAGGAACUCCUAAUAUCGAAGGAUAUCAUCCUCGUGUAAGCUCUGAGCAACCCAGUCGCCUUCCAUCAACGUCGCCUGCGGCCCCGAAUUCCGUCCCAUUACCGGCUCCUCGACCCCAACCCACUAGAACAGUUACUCAUCAAGCCAAUUUGAGUAAAUCGUUCAACGAACAACCUUCGUUGUCAAGAUCGAUGAGUGUGAUGAACGUUCCAGCGCAACGAGCAGCUUCGACCAACCUGAGUGUGACCAACAGUGAACUUGCGAAAUUACGUCAAGCGUAUUCAGCAGCUGUAGCCAAGAUGGAUGGAAUGUCAAAGGAACUGGUUGAAUUGAAGCAAGGAAAAGUUGAUAUGGAAGCUGAAUUAGAGAAUCUUUCUCAAGCAUUAUUCGAGGAAGCAAAUAAGAUGGUGGCGGAUGAAAGACGGAAACGAGCCGAAUUGGAGGAGUCCUUCAAAGAGGUAAAAGAAGAAAGGGAAGCUCUGAAAGAAACCAUCAAAGUACUAGGUGGCAAUGUACCGGAGCCAGAUGAAUCGACGGAUAUUGCAAAAGAGGACGAAGAAGUUGACCAAAAAGUAGCUAAGAAAGAAGAAGGAGGAGAUAAGUUUGCUCCACGAGAUUUGGAUAAGCAUUAUGAAGCUUUGAGUAAAGCUAUUCAUCAUGUCUCCAGCGGAGCCGACUUAACUGAACAACGAGGAGAAUCAGACGGUCAAGGUCAAAUGACAGCAGAACCUAUACCGCUCACGCCUUCCUUAAGUUCAGUGAUAGGAUUAGAGAUACCACCUUUAUCAAAAGCAAUAGCUCAAGAUCGAUCAAGAGGUGAACCUCAACCCGCGCCUGGUUUCGACAUGCAACAAAUAUCAAUGUCAUUACCUUCUUUACCAGCAGAAAAUAACCCUUGGAUAAAUUCAAGUCCACCCAAAGUGAACGUCAAAGCCGCUACUCCAUCACCACAACCUAUAUCUUUGGCAGAAGUACCUAAUGAUACAUCCGGUGAGGGGGAAUCUCCAGCUGGAUUGGGAUUUGAAAUGGAUCUGAGUAAUGAUGUAGGAGAAGUAGGAGAGAGGAAAGCAACAUGA